GAGGGCGGUAGUUGCGGGUAGGAUGGGUCCUCGCUGCCGGCUUCGGUGAGACUCGCUCGCGUGGACUGCCCGCGGCGGGCCCGCAGUGGCCGCAGCGGCAUGAAGGGCGCUCUGGGGAGUCCUGUGGCCGCGGCCGCCGCAGGCGCCGCGAUGCAGGAGAGUUUCGGCUGCGUCGUGGCCAACCGCUUCCACCAGCUGCUAGACGACGAGUCGGACCCGUUCGACAUCCUGCGCGAGGCCGAGCGCCGACGCCAGCAGCAGCUGCAGCGCAAGAGGCGCGACGAAGCGGCGGGGGCGGCAGCCGGGGCUGGCAACCGCGGCGGCAGGAGCCCGGCUGGGGCCUCGGGCCACAGACCCGGUGCGGGCGGCGGCCGGAGGGAGUCUCAGAAGGAGCGCAAGAGCCUCCCGGCCCCUGGCGCGCAGCAGCCAGACAGCCCAGGGGGCGGCCCUCAGCCGCCCGGCCAGAAGCGAACUUCCAGAAGAGGGGAGCAGCAAGGAUGGAGUGAGAGCCGGGGGACAGAGGUGACGCUGGAUAGAGCAGAGCGGAGAUCCUACAGGGAAUAUCGACCCUAUGAGACAGAGAGGCAGGCAGACUUUACACCUGACAAGUUUACAGAUGAAAAACCAGUUGACAGGUUUGAUCGAGAAAGACCACUGAGAGGACGUGGAUGCCCAAGAGGGGGCAUGCGAAGCAGAGGCAGAGGUGGCCCUGGGAACAGAGCUUUUGACAGUUUUGACCAGAGAGGGAAACGAGAAUUUGAGAGAUACAGUGGGAAUGAUAAAAUAGCAAUCAGAACUGAAGACAACAUGGGUGGAUAUGGAGUUCGCACCUGGGGAUCAGGUAAAGAUACCAGUGACAUGGACCCGGCUGCCCCCAUGGAAGAGACCACAGUGGUGGAGGAGUCCCUGGGCCCCCUGGAGGAGGAAUCUCCAGCCAAAGUUCCUGAGUUGGAGGUAGAAGAAGAAACUCAAGUUCAAGAGAUGACCCUAGAUGAGUGGAAAAAUCUUCAAGAACAGACCAGACCAAAGCCUGAAUUUAACAUCCGGAAACCUGAGUCCACUGUCCCUUCCAAAGCAGUGGUGAUACACAAGUCUAAAUAUAGAGAUGAUUUGGUAAAGGAUGACUAUGAGGAUGAUGCCCACGUUUUCCGGAAAGCGGCCAAUGACAUCACAUCCCAGCUGGAGAUUAAUUUUGGUAACCUCCCUCGUCCCGGGCGCGGAGCCAGAGGUGGCACACGGGGAGGCCGGGGAAGGAUUAGAAGGGCAGAAAACUAUGGACCCAGAGCAGAAGUGGUGACACAAGACGUUGCUCCAAACCCAGAUGACCCUGAAGAUUUUCCUGCUCUGGCUUGAGAGAGCCCUAUUUCCCUGGCAACUUAAAACAGCACCGGCAUACCUAUAAAGAGACUUUUCUUGCUGUGGGGAAGAGAGUCAGACUCUAAGAACAAUAGAUGUUGCUUUUUCCCAUGUAGUUUGAAUUCAUUGCACUUUUUUGGCCUGGGGGUGGUGUGGGAAUAAGGAUUUCUCCAGAUGCUAGAGAGCAGCAGUGCUGGUCAGGGGGUAGUCUGGCACUUUCCCAAGAAGGUGGAGAAUGGUGAUUAUUUUUUUAUUUAAGGAAUUCCAAAUGUAGUUCAGAAAUAAUGUUUAAAAUAUGUACAUAGAGAUUGUAUUGAAUCUUCCACAAAAGCAUGGAGAGUAAAGCAAGUUGUAAAAUAGAAUCUAUUGAGACUACUUAGUAAGUUGUAUAGAUACCAGAAGGCUGUGUCCUUUGGUAUUAAAGGAAAUACAUAUAACUUGAGCCAUUAAUUUAAAGCGGUCACAGCCUAGUUUUCCGAGACCAAGAAAUUAAAAUACAGUUGUAUUUACUAUUUACUUGUAAAUGUUAUAUUCUCCUGGAGCUUUUUGGUUUUCAUUUAACCAAUAAUUUUAAGUAGCUAUCGUGCAGUCACUGGUUACCCCUCUGUGGCAGAGAAUUAGGGAAAGUAUUGAUUUUUUCAUGGUGAUCUAAACUACCUCGUGGUUUCUGUGUGUAUGUACACACACACACACACACACACACACACGCUUAGUAUAUAUGUGCAUAUUUAGUGUUUGGGGGGUUUUUAAGAUGAGUAUUAAGUAAAUGAUUUUUAAAAUAGUGUUAUUUAACCCACCAAUCAAAUGAAAAGGGGUCCACGCAAGAGUACUGCAACUUAACACCACAUGCUUUUCUCCCUCAGAGCUAGUGUCAGAAUUCAACACCUGUGACAAAGGCCCUCUGUCCCUGUCCUGGGCAAGACUUAUAAAUAACUAAUAUUUAUUGAACACCUAUGUUUAGUUUUUCUCACUUGGCCCUUGCACCAGUUCAAGUUCCUAUUUCUUGCCUUUGGAGAAUUUUGGGGUUAGGGGCUUCCUCAGAGGUUCGAUAACUCCCUGAGUCCCACCCUAACCAUCAGGGCUGAGACCUAGAGGCCCAUGUCCUCUGAGCCCAGCUGCCUGCAGGGUGGUGCCCAGGGUGGCAGCUGGGGCAGAGGCAGUAAUGUUUGGAGGCGGCUGUAACAGCCGCUGGAAGCUGGGGUGACACUCUCCCCACUUUACUGAAGAAACUGGGUAACACUUGCUGGUUGUCACACAGUUAAUAUGCUUAUGUGGGAAUCUGAACCUUGGUCUCAGGAUCUGUGCUUUUUUUUGCCUUGCUAUACUAAGAUGGCAGUUCUGAACUUGAACCCAAGUGUAAAUAAAGGUUGGUAUUCCCUCCU